UCAAACCAACUAGUUUAAGUUUCUUCUUUGAUUGAUUCAAAGCUAAAUUGUUAUUAUUUUUAUAUCAAUAAGUACAUAUUUUUUCUAUUGGUGCAAUAUGAGUAAAUUCAACGCUGAUGAACUACACGCUCCAAGUUGGAUGAACGAGGAGUUCUUUACAGAAGUUUUAAGGAAAUGUGAAAAAACUGACAAAAUUUCGGUUAAAGAAAUUAAAAUAUCUCCUGCAUCGGCUCAAGGUGAUCACUAUGCUAGUGUUAUGUUCCGAGGAGUUAUCAUCUACGACACACCAAAAUCCAAAGAAAACUCAAAAUCCUUAAUUAUCAAAACAAUGCCAGAAUCUGAUGGACACAAGAAAGAUAUGCUCGGAGAAUCAUACAUUUUUGAAACAGAAAUAUCCAUGUACUCAGAAACGAUACCAAAAUUUGAAGCUGAACUCAGGAAAAUUGGAGACAAAACUGUAUUGGGAGCAAAUUUAUUGUAUUACUCACUUGAACCAAGAAAAGUGAUCAUUUUUGAAGAUAUCUGCCCGAAGGGAUAUACCGUGUUGCGAGAUAGGCAAUGUACUAUGGAAGAAGUUAAAGCGUCAUUGUUGAAACUGGCCAAAUGGCAUGCUGUCAGCUAUAAACUAGCUUCUGAGGGUGACACAUCAGUAACUGGAUACAAAGAAAGUUUCUUAGCUUUCAAGGGCGCCGAAGAAAUGCCAAUCUUUACAACUGGAAUGGAAAACUUUAUUAAUAAAUUGGAAACAGUUGAUGACCUCAAACACUUUGUUCCACAAUUACGUGCAAUUAAAAAGGACGUACUUAAACGAUCAAUUAAUUCAGCCAGAUCAGGUCAAGAAAAAGGAUUGGAAGGAAUCUUUGUUUUGUGUCAUGGAGAUUUUCAUCGAAAGAAUCUGAUGUUCAAACACAGUUCGAAUGGAGAACUUGAAGAUGUACUAUUGAUUGAUUUCCAAGUAUGUAAUUAUGGACCUGCAGUAUUAGAUAUUAUAUAUAUAAUGUAUAUGCUGAUAAGUGAAGAUAUGCGCACUAAUCAUUACGAUGAAAUAAUUUACUUCUAUUGUUCAAGUUUUAUUGAAUGCCUUAAAAAAUUGAAAUUCCAAGGACAAAUACCUAAGAUAUCUGAUUUUUUUAUUGACAUUUUACGACACAAACAUUUUGAACUAUUUAUGAUGAGUUCAUUUUUGCCAAUUUGGAAUGCUUUUGCUUUUGGUGAUGUUUCUCCCGAUGAUCUUAUGUCCUCAAAUGAUGCCCGCAAAAAAGUCUAUGAUAACGAAAACUACAUCAGUGAAAUUAGAAGACUUUUGCCUAAAAUUUUUUACAGAGGAUAUUUGGAAAUAAAUAACUUAGAUAUCAAACCUGCGUCUGCUAAAGGUGAUCACUAUGCGAGUGUCAUGUUUCGUGCAACAAUCAAUUACGACACAAACAAUUCGAAAGGACUAUCGAAAUCAAUGAUUAUUAAAAUUGCUCCAGAAUUGGAUGGACAUAAAAAAGAUAUGCUUCAAAAAUCGUCUGUUUUCGAAACAGAAAUAGGAAUGUACUCAAAUACAAUACCAAAAUUCGAAGAAGAAUUGAGGAAAAUCGGAGAUAAUACUGUUCUAGGAGCAAGAGCAUUGUACUAUUCACUGGAGCCAAAAAAAUGCAUAAUUUUUGAAGAUAUUGUACCAAAAGGCUACGAGGUAUUGCGAGAUAGACAACUUAAUUUGGAAGAAACAAAGGCAACUUUAACAAAACUAGCUAAAUGGCACGCUGUGAGCUAUAAGCUUGCUUUGGAGGGUGACGAAUCAGUAACCAACUAUGAACAUGGUAUUUUUAGUCCUGAAAAUAUUGAUUCAAUUUCAUUCUUGGGAACUGGGCUACAAUAUCUGAUAGAGAAACUAGAGACAUUGGAUGACUUAAAACAAUAUGUUCCGAAGCUGCGAUUAAUAGAAAAAGAUUUGUUGAAAAACUGCAUCAAAUCUUCAAGAUCAUACAGGAAUGAAAACGCAGAAGGUAUUUUCGCACUCUGCCAUGGUGAUUUUCAUGGUAAAAAUUUGAUGUUCAAGAGAAACUCUAAGAAUCAACUGGAAGACGUAAUGUUGAUUGAUUUUCAAGCGUGCUAUUUCGGACCAGCUGUUAUGGAUAUUAUGUAUGGAAUGUACAUGAUUAUCGAUGACGAAUUACGUAUAAAUCAUUUUGACGAAAUAAUUCAUCAUUAUUCUUCGAAUUUUAUCAAUACCUUAAAGAGCAUGAAAUUCGAAGGAAAAAUUCCACAAGUGUUUGAAUUCUUUACUGAAAUCUUACGACACAGGCAUAUGGAACUCUUUAUGCUGAGCACAUUUGUACCAAUGUGGUAUGGUAUAGAAGUUGACGUCAUGGAAAUUGAAGAUUUACUGUUUUCAGUGGAAAAAAGGAAAAAGCUCUAUGACGCUCCUGGUUAUAUCAAACAGAUAAGGCGAGUGUUGCCCCAAAUGCUCCACAGAGGCUAUUUGGAAUGAAUUUUGUAAAUUUUGUUAUUAAAAUGAAAUGUUGUGAAAUUAUCAACAUUAAA